CAUAACUUGUGACUGUCAACAAAAAAACAGAAGGAUUUUAGCUGUUCAGGAUGGCUUCAACAAAUGAUAACACUUCUGCAACUCGAAGAAAUCAGGUAAUGGUUGGAGAAUUACCAGAAGAUUUUUUGAGAGUACCAGUAGAUGUAGCACAAGCUCAAGUAAUGGCUGAUGAAAGAGUUGCAAGGCUUGUACAAGCACAGCAACAAGGUGGAUUUGUUGCUAUCCCAGCAAACACUGUUGGUAGACUUACUAUAACUGUUGCACAGGCAAAGUUGAAUAAGAACUAUGGUCUAACAAAGAUGGAUCCAUAUGUUAGAAUGAGAAUUGGUCACUCUGUGUUUGAGACACCUACUGAUUAUAAUGGUGCCAAAACUCCUAGAUGGAACAGAAAUGUUAAUGUGUAUUUACCUCAUGGUGUAGACUCCAUGUAUUUAGAGAUUUUUGAUGAGAGGCAGUUAACCAUGGAUGAAAGAAUAGCUUGGGCUUAUAUCACUAUCCCACAGUCAACAUUCAAUGGAGACACAGCUGAUGACUGGUUCCCUCUUAGUGGUAAACAAGGAGAUGAGAAGGAAGGCAUGAUCAAUUUAGUUAUGACUAUGACAAAAGUAGAACAGCAACCAGUAGUUUAUCCACAACAAUCCGUUCAAGUCAUCCCAUCAAGUUAUCCUCCACAACUAGGUACUGGAUAUCCUCCACAAUUAGUUUACCAAAUGCCCUGCCAGCCACAACAAUUACAACAACAACAACAGCAGCCACAAAGACCCCUUUUUACAGAUGAGGACUUGACACAAAUCAAAGAAUUAUUUCCAAAUAUGGAAGAAGAGGUUAUCAAAUCAGUGUUGGAAGCAAACAGAGGAAAUAAAGAGUCGACAAUAAAUGCUUUACUUCAGAUGAACAGUGAUUAAGACAUUUACCGUACUUUUUGUUUGUUUAAAUUUGCUCUGUACUAUCUUUGUUAUCUUACAUUCAUAUAAACUAAAUGUAGGAGUUCUGUUAUUGUAAAUGUGAAUUAUUUAUUACUAAAAUUUAUUUAAAUGAGUUAUCUUCUCAAAAUUUGAAAAUAUUUCCUUAUAAAUGUGCUUCUUAUUGUGAAGAAUAUGAUAUACACUUAUUUACUUGUUUUUAAUGCAAUUAUUAGAAAAUACAUGUAAAGUGUGAUUCUUCAUGAAGAAACAUGAAGAAUUAUUCUAGUUAGUUAUAAAUAUAAACAAGAUGUAAAAAGUUAUACUGAAAUUUUGUUAGAUUCCCUCCUGUAUGUAAAAGUAAGCAUCAACUUAUAUGGUUAACAUGUAGAUAUGCCUGUUCUUCAACACAUGAAGAUAAGGCAUUAUUUUAAUGUGAUAUUUAUACUAAUACUUAGGUUAACAAGAUUAUCUCAGUUCUUACUAUAAGAGAAAUAUCAAGUGUAAUUCAGGUUGUGGUCACUAUGUAAAUUUUCUACAACAAUACACAGAUAUGAAAAUACUCUGCAUAUUGUACAGUUUUCAGAUCAUUUUAGUUAUUAAAGAAAAUCAACCCUCAUGCAUACAUAGAGAAAAAUAUAUAUAAAGCAGCAAACCAAACGUUAUAAGUGUAAUAGAUAUCAAGAACUUAAUCAAGAUGUAAAAAAAAUGCUGUGUCAAAUUAUAUUUUUCAAAACUCCAUGUAGUGAAGCAAUGCCUUUGUGUUUACUUUUGGUAGAGACCCUUGAAGUGGAUACCUUGGUAUGCAGGGUUGUCAAUAAAUAUUAUCAAAUAAUUAAAGUACCAAUUUGACAACAACACUUCAUGAGACUGCAAUUUUAUCAAAAUACUGGUGGAAUGUUUUUGCCUGCUAGACAGGGGUCAUCAGGACCAAUUUAUAUUAUGUAAAAUGUGCACUAUUAAUAACUAAACAGUCAUCUUUGAAUUUAUAUAUAUACUAUACUGCAGUAUACAUUGGUAUUUGUAUCUUUCAACAUUUAAUGUGAGAUAAUAAAACAUCAGUCUUACAACUUGAACUUAUUCAUUAAUUAACUGUUGAUUUCUUUUUUCUAAUAUAUCAAUAUUAAUAGGUAUUGUGUGUGUAGUACUAUAUCUAACUAUAUAACUCUGUAUGUAUUAUAUGUUGUCUUCCUUUUACAGCUAAUCUACUAGAGUGUGUACAAACAACAAUGGAAAUAUGUUUACUUUUUUGUUUACUGUAAAUUCGGAAAUUAUUGCGAUGUUUUUAUUAUUGCGAAAAAUGCGACAUGGUUAUAAUCGCAAUAAUUUAAACUCGCAUUUUGAAAUUUUUUAUAUAAAUUAAACAGGAUUUUUCUCAAUAUCGCAAAAAUUAAAAUCGCAUUUUAGUCUAAAAUGACAAAAUCGCAAUAAUAAAUGCACGCAAUAAUUUCUGAAUUUACAGUAUGUGGAUUUGAUUUCAAUAUAAGCUUUGUUUAAUACCUGUGGGAAGAGUUAUUUUAUUCAAUUUUUUUUACCAACGAUGAUGACUGUGGAAUCCAUUUACCAAGGUUUUUUUCUACUUUUCAAAUAGCUUAUAAAGUUUAUUUGGUUCAUUGACAAUUUCAAUUUCUUUGUAUAACUGACACACUCUACUAGUUUAGCUGUAAUGAAAUGAUAUUUCUUGCUGUAGUUAUUUUAAAUUACCGGUAGUAGAAAAGGGACAUAUUGAUGAUGGUAUUUUAAGUAGAUUUAAUACUGAAAAUGAGGAGAUGAUUAUAAUUCUUUUUGCUUUGAGUUAUUUCAUCGAUAUAAUGUGUGUACAUGGAUUCACGACUGUGAUCAUUGUGUCGGCAAUAUUUUGUUUCCAUUUUAAUUGUGUUUCAUUGUAUAUUUUCAUCCACUAAAUGAAUUAAUCCUCAACAGAAUUUUCUGGUUUUUGUUUGUAUGAUUAUGUUUGUUUCAGCGAUGUGCCAUAUAUAAAAUUACUGUUGUCCAUGACAGUUAUAACAGCAAUAAUUGUAUUAAGGUCUACAUUGUAUGCACUAAAGCCUUAUACUAAAAUAACAAGUAAUGAACAUUGAUUUGGAAAUUUUAACAAUGCUGAAGUCUUGUUUAAAUGUGAGUUUAAAAUUUAAUACAUGUUUGGGGUAUUUUUUCAAAUCAUCUUUCUUUGUCUUAUUAUAUGUACGCAGAGCUAUAAGUGUACAAAUGUAGAUCUUUUAAAAGAUUAUUUGGCAAGUAAAAUAUCAUUUAGGGAGCAACCAUUUAACUUCAAAAGGGGGGGGGGGUUUGUCCGAGUCAGAAAUUUUUUUUCACGCUUUUUUUUAGUUUUUCAACACUAUCAAUCAAAUUAUUUUUUUCUAAAUUUAACACUAUAAGGUAUGGGGAAAAUCUGGAUUCAGAAAUUUUUUUUUUGUCAUCUGCUUGACCACAAUAUUUUUUUCCAUCAAAUUGGGGAUCAGAAUAUUUUUUUAGGAAAAAACCAAACCCCCCCCCUUGAAGUUAAAUGGUCGUUCCCUUAGACUUUCUAUGGUGGUGCCAUUCUGUGCUCUGCCUUGCCUUCUAUUGACUACUGGUAUGUUGCCUUUAUUCCAUGUUUCUUUGUCAUAUACUAUAUAUAGUACAUAAUUCCUCUUGUAUGAAAAUGGACAUUAUAAAGUUAACUUUGUAUAAUGAUAUGUCAAUUGUAGGAAUGCACAGAAGAGGUGUAUAUUUAUAUUAAAUCUGUAAAUGAUACGUAUAGCUCAUACCCAUGAUACAGACUUUAUAUGGAAUUUAUUAGCAAGAUAGCCACAAACAGUUAAAUGUUAUAAAACUAUGGAAAAAUACUGCAAAUAAUAACUGAUUUUCAAUUUGUUAUAUAAGCAGUUGCCAUUAUUCCAAUAUAGCAAUCUAGUAAAUCCAAUUAAAUUUUUUACAAAAAGUGAUUUUUAUGUACUUUUGCCUAGUGUGAAAUAUAAAAGAAAAUCUGGAAAACCAUGUUGAUUUAUUCUGCAUAUUCUAGAAAUCAUGCUGGUAGAUGAAUGAUAAAACAAAUUAAAUGAGAUUGGCCUAAAGGACAACAGUUAAGAUUUUAGUCGGAGCACAUAUUUUAAAAUUCUUAACUUUAUAUUACUUAAUGCUUGCUUCGCUUUAAUUGGAAUUGGCAUGUUGACCAGCUCUGAUAGAAUUAUAUAUCAUAGUACAAACUCUCUUUGUGUAUAAUAGCAGUCUGUAAGUUUGAAAUGUUGAAAUUGAAUUCCACUUUUUUUCAGUAUCAUUUAAACUCAACCUGCUCUUCAUUUGUAAAACUUUUAAUUUACACAAUGGUUCAUGGUCCAGAAAUAAUCACCCUUCUGGUGAUUUUUUUGUUUUUUAUAAAAUAUGCAUAAUAGAAACAAACUGUAUUUAUUUGUAUGACUAUGAUAGUGAUUAUUAGAUUUUGAGCCUUUAUUAAUUAAUCCAUAUGAAUUAAGUAAAACCCAGUAACAAGCAAACUUGAAUUGAUAAUUCCAAAAGCAUAUACCCUUAUAUUUAAGAAUCCUUAUACAAAUGUUUGGUUUUUUUUAUCAAAAAGCACAAUACAUGCUGCUGAAUAUUGUGAUGAGUUUAAAAAAAGUUGUCUAAAUGGAUUAGUUCCCUUGUCAAUGUAAUGUAUGUUUUUGAUUACACCGGUUUAUUGUACAUGUAUAGUUUACACAAAGGAGAGGAGGUGUUAAAAUCUUUUUAUGCCUCUAAAUAUGAUCAUGGUCACUGGUUGAGACAUAUUGUUUGUGUUUUCUUUUGUUUUCUUUAAGACUGGUUUGUUGAUUCUGCUUGUUUAAGGCAGGUCAUGUAUAUUGGUGUUGGAAGUUAAAAUGAUAAUACAUCAGUCACUGUGAUUCUCGAUAGUAAAAACAUAAUUUUAUAUUGAAAUACAUGAUUUGUGCUUAAAUGUUUGUUAACAUUAUAAUCAGCAUUGUGGUAAUGAUUAAUUAUUAUAAAUAUGUGGAAAAUAAAGCAAAAUAUUUAAAAUGAUA